AUGGCCAAAGUCCCCCGUAACUUCCGCUUAUUGGAGGAGCUCGAGAAGGGCGAGAAGGGCCUCGGUGCUGGACUCCANNGAGGCAUGCUCAUACGGUCUCGACGAGGGCGACGACCUCCUCAUGACCAACUGGAACGGCACCAUCCUCGGUCCCCCCUCACUGUACACGAGAACCGCAUUUACAGUCUGAAGAUCCGCUGCGGCGAGAAUUACCCCGACGUCCCUCCUGAGGUUACCUUCAUCUCCAAGGUCAACCUGCCAUGUGUGGAUCAGAGAAACGGCAGAGUAUNNGUCGACCUCUCCAAGAUUCCCAGCCUGAGCCAGUGGAAGCGCGACUUCACCAUGGAGACCAUCUUGAUCGAAAUCAGAAGGCAAGCUUGCACCUGUAGUCGCAUACACCACUCUCGUUUUCUUAUACUGUUACNNAGAUUCAUGGCCGCACCCGCACACAAGAAGCUGCCGCAGCCCCCGGAGGGUACCAACUUCUAG